GUUUUCGAACUUGGCGCUGCAGGCGCUGCUGGUGCUGGUGAAGAAGCAGCCGCCAAAAGAGGGUUCGAAGUUGCUGGUGAUGGCCACCACUUCCGAGCCCGAGUUCAUCAGGGAGUCCGGAAUUGCAAAGGCCUUCAACGUUUGCCUCGACGUACCCCCCCUUAGGGGCCCCCAGGAAAUCGCGGCGGCGCUGCGGGAGCACAGCGCAGACCGCUACGAGUUUCCGGAGGAGGAGAUUCAAAAAAUCUGCCAGUCUGGGGUCCUGGAUAGCAUCCCGAUAAAGCAGCUCAUUAUGGUCACAGAAAUGGCGGCAGAGAAAUGCAAACCAGGUUCAAUCGACGCAGAGACAUUCAUAAGCUGCUUGAGCGACUGCGGCCUCGACAACUUUUCUCAAUUCCAUUAA